AUGAUCUCUGACGAGCCGUCGGCACUGAGCCACGCGCUUCAACUGCUGCUCUCGCCGCUGGAAGACCCUUUUCGCCGGUUCCUGGACGUGUGCGAUGACGUGCACAUGCGCGACGCGAAUCGCAACACGCUGCUGCAUUGGGCUGCUACUGUUGGAAACGUCGCUGCCGCGUAUGCACUACUUGAGCAUGGCGUCGAGGUGGAUGCUCGCAACGUGUACGGGGCAACACCGCUGCACUUAGCUGCCGCCUUCGGGCCGAACGUGGGUGUGAUGGGCCCACUCUUGAUGCGGUAUGGUGCGUCGUUGACCACCAAGCUCACCUCCCGGAGUGCGACUGGAGUAGAAUCCCUCCUGGCGUCCCGAGACUUAACUGCUGGGUGGGCCUGGAUGUGCGAGCUGAACACAUUGCUUGUGCAGAAAAAUGACAGUAACGUCUCUCUAUUCCGCUCAGGUGGCUCAUCGAACUUUCCUUCGGCGGCGUCAAUCAGAGCCAUGCCGCCACUGCUCUGUGCGCCGGAAGAAUUAUGGCAACUCAGUCAAGGUCAGAGAAGCUCGAUGCAGCGCGCAUGCGCCACAGGAAGCGUAGCCACCAUACCAAUCCCACGCGCUCCAGAUAAGCGGCGGCCUGUGCAUGACGGUGCCGCCGGCCUUCUCAAGCAGAAGCAGUCAGCGAAACCGCCGCUGUCGUACUGCGCAUCGAUGGCAGCUGUGUCGUCUGCCACCGCUGCCUGCCCGACAUCCCUGCAGAGCGCCACGAAAGGCAGGGAAACUGUAGUUGCGUUCUUUGUGUCGCGUGAGGAGACGGGGCGCAUCCAGCUCGAAAAAGAGCAGGUGGAAGCACUUCUAGAGAUCUACAUGUUACUCUGUCCUCCGCUCUUGCCUCUGCCUGCCGUCAUUGAGGAGGAGGCGGUGUUGGUUGUCGACAAGAAGGCGCUUGCUUUAUCGCCUUUGGUUCGCCCUGCUGGUUUGGAGUGGCGCCCCGACGGUGAGGAUUCUUCUUCAGGCUUGAUCGGCUUCAUCGUCGCGGUGCUCGGCGAAAAGUGCGACACCAAGGGCGGUCGUCAACUCCUUGUGCAGUACAACGAGAGAGCUCAACGCGCCGGAUCAGACGACACCCGCGUCGCUGAAGCGUGGUGCCCCUUGGACUCUGUUGCCCAUGACCCCGUGGUGGUCGCCUACAUUGACCACUAUAGCCGGACCUACGUGCUGACAAACUCGGUAAAGGUGGAAGUGGCUGCUACGCCGUCCAUCUUGAAAGGCGAGGGCGACACUGGCGGCCCGCUGGACACCAUGGAACGGGAUCAGCUUGAGGAGCAGCUGCGGAUGCUCCCGCGCAGGAACCUGUCAAGUCGAGAAAGCGUCUCGUCGCUGAUUGUCUCCCCCAAGUCGUCCAACUCGACCACGUUGAGUACAAGAUGUCGAUCGGACAAUGCAUGUUACCUGGAGAGGAAUGGACGAGCAGCGGACGCGCUGAGUUCCUCGGACACCGCUAUUGGGGCCGACGUGCUCGCAGCGUCACACGCGCAGGUGAAGGGCGAGGAAGAGAACGGCUACUCCACGUGGGUUUUUGCGCAAACGGAUCUGCACAUAGGCAGUCCUGCGAAUCCGCGAUGGUCAACCACGGCCCCAUCAGCACCGCCGCCGCCGACACUCCGCCCGAAUUGUGCGCGGGCGGCGCAAGACGUGGCCGCCGGUGCACUUACAAGUCACGCUCGUGCGUGUGGGCGUUCGAAGCCCGACCGAGCUGACGCUUUCGUUCCUGUGCGCCACCGCUUCUCGCUCGACACGGAUGGGCCGGUAUCAGGCGUGUCCUCGACAGUUGACACGCACGUGUCAGCCAGCUCCAACCACCAAAGAGCCAGCGAGUUCCUCGAAAAGGAUGGACGCCAAUACUUGUCGGAGUCGCAAAAGGCAAUGUACAACAGAUUUCUGCGUGACUCAGCGUUGCAGCGACUGCAGACGCGGCAGACGCGACUCUCGUCGCGUGCCUCCGGUGCUUAA